AUGACAGAUGAUAAGGAGAAGCAGUUAGAAGGAGAAGAGGGAAAGAUGGAGGUGGAGAAGAAACAGAGCUCCUCCACCACAUCUCCUCCUGAUGCAGAGGAGGAAAACAAAACCAACAGAGUGAAAGAGGAGCUGACACAGGAGGUGCACAUGAUGAAGCAGAGUUCAGGAGGAGUGACAGGUGAGGAGGAAGAGGAGAAGUCCACUGAGCUCCACCCUCCACUGGAGAUCAAGAAAAGAAGCGCUCCCAGCAGCUCAUGGCCUUCUGCUGAGGAGCAGCUGGAUGCCUCCAGGACAGCAGGAGGCGCCAGAGCAGCCAAGAUGAUCUCAGCCAAGAGUACAGAGUCAGUGGACGGAGUCAGCAGUCCAGGAAGUCGCUCUCCUGCCAGUCGAUCCUCCACUCCGAACAGAGACGUCAAGAAGGUGGCAGUGGUCCGUACCCCCCCAAGAUCUCCUGGCUCUGCUCGUGGACGGACACCCCCCCUCCCCUCCCACCCUAUGCCUGACCUCAGCAACGUAAGGUCAAAGGUCGGAUCCACUGAGAACCUAAAACACACACCUGGAGGGGGCAAGGUUCAGAUUGUUCAUAAGAAGCUGGAUCUCAGUAACGUGACAUCAAAGUGUGGCUCCAAAGACAACAUCCACCACAAACCAGGUGGAGGGAAGUUGGAGAUUAAAUCAGAGAAGGUGGAUUUUAAAACCGUCCAGUCUAAAGUCGGUUCUCUGGAGAACAUCACUCAUGUGCCGGGAGGCGGGAAGAAGAAGAUCGAGAGUCAGAAACUGACUUUUAGAGAGCAAGCCAAAGCUCGAACUGACCACGGUGCUGACAUCGUCACUCAGCCUGACUCCUCCCCUCCUCGCCUUAGCAACACUUCCUCCCCCGGAAGCCUUAAUGCUGCUGAAGCCCCACCCCUCAACACCCUGGCCGACCAGGUGUCUGCCUCCCUUGCCAAACAGGGCCUGUGAUUGGAUGACCCUGUGCCUACAGACCCGCCCUCCCCAGUUACCAAGG